UUGCGGGGUGAUGGGGCCCAGCUAGCUGAUCACACACACUCGGCGCUAGCGCUCGCGAGAGAAACUGCUGUCACUGAGCGCCAGGUGCUUGGCCUAGUUUCGGCUAUAAAAAGCCGAAUGGGGCUUCCAGGACUAUGCACUUUUGCUGGCAGCAGUAUGCAGCCACUACCAUCGGCUCAGUCUGGCGGCUGUCUUCAUUUGGACUAGGUGCACCUCGACUCGUCGGGCUCCAUGGUGGUGAUUACAGCGUAUUACCAUAUUUAAUUCUUCGUCAACCUUUGGACACCUUAGACGUGGAGGUCCUCAGUGCUAUAGCAGUCGGCUCUUGUAUUAAGAUAAACCGAAGAGAUUCUCCCAAUAUAUUUCGGCGACAUGAUGGCCACCGAAAUGGCAGUGGGAUUUGGCCAGGGCAUGUCGGCAGCCAGUUUCGGCCACAACUUCCCGCUACACCCCCACCAUCCGAUGGGUGGGUACGAUUACUACGCCCAACCGAGGAACUACCAAGAUCACGUGAUGAUGGGUCACCGGCAACAGCAGGAUGAGGAAGAGGAGGACAUUGAAGAUGAAGAUAUUGACGAGGAAAGUGAGAACGAGUCCAUGUACACCUCAGCGGACAUGGACUCGGAAAUUGCCAGUGAGGAUCUGGCUGAGCCCGAGCCAAACGUUGCCGAGCAGCUUUUGGAGUUCGCCGAGGCCGUCAAUCGAGACAUCCAGAAGUACUUUGGCCGAAAGAAAAGUGCACACGAACCCGAGUCGGUGGGCACGUUAUACGAGGAUCGCUUCGCCUCGGGGAAAUCAGGCAGGGAGUUGUACUACGCGGAUUUACUGAGGGUGGCGCAGAAUGGCGACGCGGCAGAGCCCUACACCACCGGGCGCAGCCGGAGAACUGAUUCUUCCGUAUCGCCCCGUACAUCUACAUCAUCGGCAUCUACCGAAAACGCCGAUGUUACCAACGCGAACUAUUCCUGCAAAAAGGGGCUGGGGCCCCUGAAGGAGCUGUUUGACUUCGCUAUAGGAGGCUGUGUGGACAGCGUGAACAACGACCGUCACGGCGGCCAAUGGCAGCGUCAAGGCUCCUCUCAGAAAUGUCUUCAAACCUUACCGUGGAGGAAACGAGCCCUACCCAGUAGCUUCUUCAUGGAGCCCGGUGCCCGUGACCAGUCCCGAACGGGUGGGGCUGGUAACGUCGGUUAUGGCCCCCAUGUUACCAUGAUAACAGAACACGAGACACCAGACUUUAGUGAUCUCGUUGCCAACUUUACCUCCGAUUACGACAGUCAGAUCACGGCAACAACCAUUAGUCACUGAUACAUGACAUUAAUGCCCCUGUUAAUACAUCGGUUUCCUCAACGCCAUUACCGUAUGUUGCAUGAAAAUGACCGCUGUCGUGUGAACACGUGAAUCGAGGGUCAUGUAAGCGGAGAGGCAGGGUUGUGAUAUCCAUCAUUAUGAAUCCAUCGCGUUCACUGCCACCCCCCUUUUUCUCAGAGGCAACUUCAGUUUAACCGAUCUGAGAAUUGAUGGAUUAUUGACUAAGCUGUUUGUAUUUAUUUUUAAAGCUCUGAUGACGCCAAGUUUCCGAAUUUUGGAUCAACAGCAAUUAUUCUCAUUCGCUGAACUUUCCUCUGAAUUCAAAAAGCGGAUAAAGUCAAUUUUGAAUUAAACUUACUUUAUGUAAAAUU